CGCCUGCACUAUAAAAGCACCUGUCCUGGCCAGACAUCACUCGCAUCUCACUUUCUCUCUCUCACACACACUCACCCUCACACACUCCUGAACUCCACACACUCUCUCUUUCGCCCGUUCUGAGCAGUUAGACCGGACACCACCGAAGGAAACAUGAGUUACUCCAGCGACAUUUACAGCAGCAGCUCCUAUCGGAAGAUCUUCGGAGAUGCCCCCCGGUCCGGCCGCAUGGGUCUGGGCAGCAGCAGCAGCAGCCCGUCCCGCCUGCACUCUGCGGGAUACCGCAGCAGCCACCGUACCUACGGUUCCCCCUCCGCGAUGUCCUCCACCACCUACCGCAGGACAGCGGCGCCCGGCCGCGUCUACUCCUCCAUGGACUCCGCGAUGGACCUGACCCAGUCCACCGCGGUCACCAACGAGCUCAAGAUCAUCCGCACCAACGAGAAGGAGCAGCUGCAGGGCCUCAACGACCGCUUCGUGUCUUUCAUUGAGAAAGUGCACAACCUGGAGCAGCAGAACAAAGUCCUGGAGGCAGAGGUCACUAUGCUGCGGCAGCGCCACAACGAGCCCUCCCGCCUGCACGAGCUCUACGAGCAGGAGAUCCGCGAGCUGCGGGGGCGCGUGGAGGAGCUGACGCACGAGAAGAGCCAGAUGCACCUGGACUGCGUGCAGAUGAACGACACGCUGGAGCGCGUGAGGGAGAAGCUGGAGGAGGAGACCAAGCUGCGCGAGGAGGCGGAGAACACCCUGAAGGGCUACCGGAAGGACGUGGACGACGCCACCCUGGCGCGCCUGGAGCUGGAGAAGAAAGUUGAGUCGCUGCUGGAUGAGAUCGCCUUCCUCAGGAAAGUUCAUGAGGAGGAGCUGCAGGAGCUGCAGGCGUCUCUGCAGGCCGCACAGGUGUCUGUGGAGAUGGACAUGAGCAAACCGGACCUGACUGCCGCCCUGAAGGACAUCCGGGCUCAAUAUGAGAACCUGUCGGCCAGGAACCAGGCCCAGGCAGAGGAUUGGUACAGCUCCAAAUUUGCCAGCGUGACUGAGGCGGCUGCCCGCAACCAGGACGCCAUCAAGCACUCAAAGGAGGAGCUGAGUGAGUACCGCAGGCAGGUUCAGGCCCGCACCCUGGAGAUCGAGGCCCUCAGGGGCCACAACGAGGCUCUGGAGAGGCAGAUCGCCGAGAUGGAGGAUCGCCAUAACAAUGAAAUUGGAGAGAUGCAGGAUACCGUUCAGCAGCUGGAGGCUGCCCUGCGCAACACCAAAGGAGAAAUGUCCCGUCACCUGCGUGAAUACCAGGACCUGCUGAACGUCAAGAUGGCUCUGGACAUUGAGAUCGCUGCCUACAGGAAGCUGCUGGAAGGCGAAGAGUGCCGCCUCAGCUCCGUCGGCGGAGCCAUGGUCCAUUCCGGCUAUCCCGGCUUCUCCUACAUGUCUGCCCGCUCCUACACCCUCGGAGCCUACAGGAAGACCGAAGCCAAGCCCGAGGAGGAGGAGGAGGAGGAGGAGGGAGAGGAUGAGGAGGGAGAGGAGAACGAGGAGGAAGGCGAUGAGGGAGAAGAGGGAGAGGAGGGAGAGGAGGGAGAGGAGGGAGAUGACCAGGAGGAGGGCGAGGGUGAGGGAGAGGAAGAGGAAGAGGAGGAGAAGGAAGACGAGAAGCCGAAAGAGAAAGAGGAGAAGGAGAAGAAGAAGGAGAGCCCUACCGGCAAGAACAGCAAGAGCUAAACUGCUUGUGUUGUCAUCUUCAUCAUUAUCAAUAACUCAUCCCACCAAUCACCUAUAUGGAUCUGGUCUCUGUUCACAUCAUCAUCCGUCACACACAAUUCUGCACACUCCAGAUGCCUCACACAUUCUGUGUUUUUUCUGUCUCGGUUUGCUCUGUAAUUCAGAAGUGAUUAGUACAAACUUUAUUAGAACAAUGAAGAGCUUUAGGAGCGACUAGAUGUAUUACAAUGGCAGAAGAGUUUAAACCAUUUACAUACUCUGCAGUGGUCGUCAUGAUUUCACAUCACAUAAGUGAAGUCUCACGGAGAGACGUGCAGAACGCUAGCAUGAUGUCACAAAGUUUCCUAAGUUUGAAAUAGGGGAUGAUUUUUCCUCAUAUAUGAGCAACAGUAACUGUGCCAUUAAUGAUCAAUAUUCACAGUAAGAGCAAUCAAAACCUUGAAAGUAACAAUACUGUCAGCACAGACUUUAAGAUAAACGCACAGAUCUUGGAGCAUGAGUAAACAGCCAGUCCAACUUUUACGGUGCUAUUUGAUUUUUACAUUUAAAAGUUGGGGAGUACUGUAAGUAAAAGAUUUCAUCAUAGACCGAAGCUCUACCAGCUCAUUCCUGAAUGUGGGCUCGUUGCACAGGAAGGUUUAGAGAGAAAAAACACUUCUAUUGAACUGUGAGUCCAGCCCCACAUUUUCACACAGCAGGUGAAUGCUUUCUAUUCUCUUUCUUCCACUCCUUCCAUUACUCUCCACUUAGUUCUGCAUCUUGUCCCACCACGACAAAAGGAAAUGUACCACUCACCAUACAAAGCCCUUUUCCAUUGUCUUUAAUUCACUGCAGUGUCACAGCACGGCAAUAAUGGCAACUCAGAGCUCAGAAAAAUGUAUAUACAAAUGUGUCGGGAGGGGGUGGGUGGUAUUUUCAGUUUCAGGGAAGGAGGAGUGCUGCAGCUUCUCAAUACAAAAGUGCAUCUUUGGGAAUGAAAAAUGUAGAAAUGAGUUUAAAUUGCCGCUAUAUAUAAUUUUUUGGGAAUAUGAAUUAUCCCCCCUUCGAUUGAUUCAUUUGUCAGUGAAUUUAUCAACCAUCUCACCUGUCAGAGCUUAGUAUUUAUCUGCAAUUAAUUUCUAUUUCAUUCAUUUCCAGAAAGAAAACCAACCCUUUUCUUUGUCCUCAUUGAACUGUAGUGGUGCUUUUUUUUAAUUUAGCUUGAUAAAGGAAACAAGGUGAGGGUGAGCGUGGCUGUCGGUGUCAGGCAGCUGAUGAUGACACUGACAGCCCUCAGCUCAGACUGUAAGUGGCAGGUGGGGCAGAUGCCACAGGGGUCAUGGCUGUAUGGUACGGAGUCGCAUAUAAGGGCUAUUUUCACCAUAACCUCUUCUAUCACAUUGCCCUGAACGGUUUAAUUUCAUCCCCUGGGCUUUUCUUUUUGACAAAUGAAUCAACCAACGGGCAUGAAUGCAUGGCCUGACUCUUGGAGCUUGAAUAUCUGCUGGAUGGGAUAGAUUUUUGCUUGUUGUGUGU